AUGAACGCAACAACAAUAAACGCCCAUAUAAACAAAUGGGCGUCCGACUUUGUCCGGGCUGUGGAUACUUGCGACGGUAAAGCACUGGCAUUUUUAAUUCGUAACAACUGUGAUAAACUUCAGCUCAACAACCGAUGCGGGUAUUACGAAGCAAAAAUGGAAACAGCUUGCCAAAAGAUAUUUGGAAGAUUCGACAAUAUAUAUGGAACUGAGAUGCGCCUAUUCCUCACGCAUUACUUCAAGGUUGCGAUACUAAUCUCCAACGGGCUAGCACCGUGGGAUGAAAUCCUGAAGAAGUCAUUCAAGCUAUUAGACAUAUGGAUGGAUUUAUACCUUGCACAAACUACGGUUGACUACAACUGGCUUGUACCUACACUAGACACCAUCUGCAAUCUUGUUUGCAAAAUAGGACUCAGGGCUGAUCGUGUAUCUGAGGAUACCGGUGAAUUUGAUGAUUGCGAGGAUGAUGACAAGGACAAAUAUAUGAAACAAGUCUUAAGCAACGUGCGCAGCAAGAUGGGACGUGUCAGAGGCGAUGACACUCGCCAUCCAGCUUACAUCAUCUUAUUAGGGCAAUCUAUAAAAGGCUGCAUACAGCUUGGUAACAUGCAGAUGGCGGCAGGAUUUCUUAAGACGAUAGAAUCGCAUGCCAUAAAUUAUUCGAGAGCUCUCAGAGGGCCGCUGAUUAACUAUCGCUAUUAUUUGGGUAAAUUGCACAUGCAAAAGGGAGACUACCUUGAGGCCGAAGAACAUUUGGCUUGGGCGUUUUCCAACACUCUUCCCGAUUCUAUCAAGAUGCGCAGGCACAUAUUAGAGUGUAUUAUAGUGGUUCGUGUUGGACUAGGGAAACUACCUUCCUCGCAGCUAUUGGAGAAAUACCAUCUAACGCACUACUGUGACAUUAUCCGUGCAGUUAAGAUCGGUGAUGUGCGCUUAUUCACUGAUACUGUGAUACGUUAUGCGGAUGUCUUCACCAUACAGGGUACAAUACUGUGCGUGGAGCAGCUGAAAUAUAUCGCCUAUCGCACACUAAUUAAAAACGCCAAGCACUGGUGGAACACUAAUGUUCCAGAAGCUAAGCAAAAUAUGCUAUCCGUGGAGCUUCUCACCGCGAUUGUCCGUUGGCAAUUGCCACAUAUGACUGACCAAGAGAUGCUUUGCAUCUGUGUCAACCUUAUCCGCCGAGGGCUUGUCAAAGGUUACAUCUCGUGGGAAAGGCUGAUGAUCGUCUUCAGUAACAUCCAGCCUUUCCCACCUAUCAACUCAUGUGUGCUCUAA